GUGAGGGUAGUCAGUGAGUCAAGCCGUGGAGGCACGCAGCGGCUGCAUUCUGCUGAGGUCCAAGUGAGAGCCAGUGGAAGGUGAUUCGCUGAGACCACAGCUGACUGCCAUAACCUUGAGCGAGCCCUGUGUAUAAUCGUGUCGGUAGGAGAUGCCUGUUUGAUAUAUCUUUACUUUUGAGCCAAUCCUUCCUUACACUGGUAAUUUGACCUUUUUAUUGCCUGUUUUUUUGCUAAUUUCUGUCAGAAAUGCCAAGUUUUCCUCCUCUUGCCUACACCUGAAACCCCGACCUACAAACGAGGACUGGAAAAUAAACAAUUUCUGACGAGUAGGGUUCAAAUCGAAUGAAUCGGGAAAAUAACCCAGAAAAAUUCAAGGUACUGAUGAUGGUUAUCUUCAGACUUGGGAAUGAAGCGGUCUCUAGAGCAGGAGGGAUGGGAAUCUCCCCAGCAACGGGUGGCUCAGAAGCAGCCCAGGACUGAUUCAUCCACAACAGCUGGCCUUCUGCAGCACAGAAAUGAGGAGACCCAAGAGUGUUCCUCUUCAAAAGCUCUUCCUCAUACUUCAGCUACCUUAGUAGCCCCUACAGACUCUGAGGCUCACUCAGACCCCUCAUGUUUAUUAGAAACAGGGAAAGCAAGUGUCAGUUUGCCAUUGAAAGUGGAUAUUACAUCUAAAUCAGUUACUUCUUUACCUGCAGCUGUAACAUGUUCUGAGGCAGCUCUUUCUCAGGCAGCUAACAAUCUAAAGCAAAGUAUAGCUCAAAGUGAAAGUGUUGCUGUUUUAGAUUCAACUAAAUCUGCUACAGCAAUUACCACUAUCCCACUACAUAAUGUAAUAACAGAAAUUAGGCAUAAGGACACAGAAUUUACUACUAUCAAUUCAACAGAGUUGACAGCAACUACUAAAGCAGACCAUGUGUCACCAGUGGUGCCUGCUGUAACCACCUUAUCACAGGAAUCUGUGUUAACUUCAGCACAGUCUGCUCAUCAAACUGAAACUCAGGUAGCAUUAGCAAGUACUUCAAGCUCUCAGGAGUCAGCGCCCAUUGUAUCACAUUCUCCAGUGGCCACGGAAGAUGCUGCUCUACCUACAACAGCUUUCAUAACAGCAGCAGCUGUCCACAUAACAACCACCACAUCAUCACUGUGCACAGUAACUACUACUCAGUCAGUAGCAUCUAUAGCAUCAAUCCUGCUGACCACUUCUGUCACAUUAACAACACCCACAGCAGCUACUACAGUACCUCUGGCAUCUACAUCAACACAGGCAGCAUUUGCAGCAAAUACCAAAGUAAUAGCUGUGAACUCUUCUGGAGAGACAAGGGUGGUGUCUGCUGCCACAACUGAUGCAGAAGCACAUCCUCCUAUACACUCAUCAGGAGAUACAGUUCAACAUGAGGCAUUGCCUUUGGGUACCACUUCAGAAAUAUGUGAAGAGAAUAUUGAAAAUGGUUCCAGAGAUGAUCAAACAGCCACUGGUUUCAGAAAUAGUCCUUCAUCACCGGUAGCAACAUCCUCCUUCUCAUCAACAGAUUCACCAAGCACUUCUGCUUCUUGCAAUGCAAGUGCCCUGGAUACAUCUGCACCUGCUGCAGUACCAUGCUCUUCUUCCAUUAGUAUGUCAUCAUCUUUAAUGUCACAAUCAUCAACUGCAACAAAUCCCUCUUCCAGUUCUGGGUUUUCCAUCCCACUCUCAUCUACCUCUGCCACUACCUCACAGCCCUCUCCCUCUGUUGCCCUCCCUUCCAUUUCUCUUAGACCUCGUGCUCUGUCUUCAGAUUCUUCUUCAGACUCUUCCACAGAUUCUAUAGGUGUGGUUCCAGCAGGAGAUGGCUCCACUCACCAUACUUUAGGACUCUCCACACCUUCCACCUCUGUGUUUCCUUCAUUACUAUCUGAAGCUGGUGGCCUUACCCUUCAGGAAGGUCUCCCAUCAGCAUCCAGUUUGCUCACUGGUACACUAGACUCACUCCCUCUAGAUGAGUUAGUUGAGAUGCCUGAGGAGACUCCAGAGUCAUCCUCACAGUUGCCACCACCAUCUUCAGCCAGUCUGCAGCUUCCUAGUGCUACAGUACCUGAAGGGGAGUCAGAUUGUCCAGUGGAGAGCCCUGCCUUGCAGGAUGGAAGACAUAGACUUGAGAAUACAGCACAAGGAACAUUUGGUUCCUUGCUUACUUCUGCACCUCUUACAACUGAUGAGGAGGAUACUAUGGAAAUAAAUUUCAUUAGUCGAGAUGAAGAACGCAAGGAAAAAGAGAAAAAGAUUCUCCAGUCAGGGAAAGUACCAGCCGCUGGGUCUGCUGUGCCCAAGGGUCAGCUACGACAUGCAGGUCCUUACCUGUUGGGUCCAAGGCUUGGCACUUCACCUGUGUGCUCCAUUGUCCAGUGUUUGGCUCGUAAAAAGGACACAGAGAGCUUCUACACCCUCAAGAUUCUAACAGUGCGAGAGGUUGGAGAAGAGAGUCAGGAUGAUAGGCAAGGCAAGAUGCUCCUACACACGGAGCACUCCUUGCUGUCCCUGCUCUCAGGCCAGCAUGGGGUGAUACAGCACCACGGCCUCUUCCAGGACUAUGCCUUUGGUGUGCGGGAGCAGAGUAAUAGCAACAGCAGCAGCAGCAGCAGCAGCAGUAGCAGCAGCAAUGGAAGUGGUCGUGGUGGAUUGGUGUCGACUGGGAACCUUGUGAGGCGGGUGUGUUUGGUGCUGGACUGUGUCACACCCCAAGACUACUGCCCACACACUGCUGACUUGAUUAACCUGCAGCAUUAUGUCAUCACUAAGAAGAAGCUGGUGGAGAGACAUGCCCUCACUAUUUUCUACAACAUUGUCUCUGUUGUGCUCAGUCUGCAUGAGCAAAAUGUGGUGCACCGUGAUCUGAAGCUUGGUAACUUGGUGUUGCACAGAGCCACCCAUGAGAUCAUCAUCACCAACUUCUGCUUAGGCCAACAUCUGCCCUCAGAGAAGGACCGUCUGAGGGACCAGCGAGGUUCCCCUGCGUACAUCUCACCAGAUGUGCUCAGUGGCAAGCCUUAUCUUGGGAAGCCAUCAGACAUGUGGGCGCUGGGAGUGGUGCUGUUCACCAUGCUUUAUGGUCACUUCCCAUUCUAUGAUGUCCAGCCCCAGGAGCUCUUCAGGAAGAUAAAAGCUGCUCAGUAUACACUUCCCAAAGGCGAGAAGACGGUCAGUGAGGCUACUAAGGAUGUCAUCAGGGGCCUUUUGGUGUUGGAUCCUAACCAACGCUUCACUUGCAAACAAGUGCUCACCAGACUCACUACCAUCGUCUCAGGUCCCAUUGUGGAGAACCCACAGUAUACAAUGUGGACCACAGAUGGGUCAUCUGGGUCCUCAUUCUUCUCCAUGGCAGUGGUAACAGUGGAGGGUCCAGGCACAGCAUCAGUAGUGGUGGAGGAGUUGCAGGUUGUCCCAGAAAUGGAAAAGGUUGAUGAGGAAUCCCAAGAGAGGGAGGUGAAAAAAGUUCAGCCCAGCAAAAGGGGUAGUAAGUUGCUGGCUUGUGAAAAUGUUGAUCAUUGCUUCAAGAACAGUGGCAGUGUGUCAACCAGACAGAAAUCCACCGUGGAGGCCGAGAGUGACAACCCUGCAAAGUACAACAUUGACUACUUGUUGAUGCAGCAUGUGAAGCAGAAGAGAGAUGAAGAUAACAAUCACAUGGGGAGCAGCAAGACAACAGGCAACAUUGCCAGCAGUAGUUCAGUCAGCAACAGUAGCAUCAGUAGUAGCAGUGGCACCAGCAACAUCGGUGGCAGCAGCAGCAGGUCUAGUGGUGUGAUCCCAUGUCUUGUUGGAGAUGCCCGGCCUCUCACCACAGCUCAGCUCUCUUCUUUUUGGCAUAUUCUCCCACAUUCAUCUCGAAUUGGAGAAGCUGUCAACCCCUGCCCAAAGCCACCACCCCCACCGCCACCUCCACCACCACCCCCACCGUCCACACCAGCACAGCCUCCUCCUGCCCCACCACUACCACCCUCCCCACCACCACCACCAUCAGCCAGUGUUACAGUAGCAGUCACUCGUAGUAGCAGUGACAGAUUCAGUUCCCUCUUCCCUCCUCAACCUGCUCCUAUAUCUUGCUCCUUUCCCAGCAGUAUCUUACGUUCUCCAUCAUCAUCAAACACCCGGCCACAGUCAAAUCAGAAUAUCACAGGUCCUAUAUCAUCCCAUGUGUUGCCAUCUCAUCUCCCAGCUUCAAUACCUCCCCACCUUCCUUCUUCCUCACCAAGACUUCGCCCUCCUUCCCAUGCUCUCAUUUCAAACAGCCUUAUCUCAACCUUUGGUGUGUUUCCCAAUCCUGAUCAACCCUCCAGCUCUCUUGGAAGGGGCCCAUCAGCCUCCCUGGGCAGAUGUGGGACUCGUUGGGGCUCAGGGGUGCACAGCCGUAUUGUGCACAACAUUGGUAGCCUUCAGCAUCGUCCAGGCUCUCCACCCAACACUCAGGAGUCUUUUCCAGCCCCAGUCUUUUCAGAGGAUGGAGACAACACUCAGCGACCAGAAGAGCAUGCUAAUAAUUCAAUUUCCAACGCCUCAUCUUCCUCCACCAAUCUGCCAUCUCAGCUUCCCCGUGGGUCUUUCCGACUCCUGUUGAGACCUAGGAGGGGCCAAGGUGGAUCUUUGAUGACUCAGAAGACCUACCAUCCAUCACGCCGCUAUGAGUAAAUCUCUGGUGUACUGUCAUUUGUUUAGAUUAACUUGAUUAGCUUGAUGAGAUGGAUAAAAUAAGUUAAUUGCCAUGUAGUACAUCACAUUGAUGGAUUACUUCUAUUUUUAUUCAUCUCAUGUCAUUGAAGAUUUUUUAGAUAAAACUUAUUAUUUCUUUUAUUCUUUUGCUCCAUAUAGGGAAUCUAUUUAUAAGAACUAUUCUUAUGGAAUGGCCACAACAGAAGUUUCUGUUGAUUUCAGUAUGUGCAUUCCCUCUUCCCAUACUCUGUACUUUCAUUAUCCUUUCUCCUUUCUUAUUCUUCAGCACUUUUUCCUCUCAUUUCACUAGCAGUCUUCAUGCUUAUAUGAAUUUAAGUCUCUCUCUUGGUUAUCAAAUUAUCAAUCAUUCUGUCAGUUAGGCAAAUCAUGUUGUGUUACUGCAUUUGCCUAUCUAACCAUUCCUUGAUUCAUAAUUUAAUUUACUUUUCAAUCUUAAUUGGUUAGCUGAAUAAAUUUUCAAUAAUGUAUCUUUUUAUUGUAUUUGUUGUGGCUUUCUGCUGUGAUCAUUGCCAUGUUUGAUGCUCAGUCCCCUGUGAGGAGGACCUUGCAUUACAUGGCUCAGGUUGCUGUGAUUAUGUCAUUUAUUAAGAUUUAACUAAGUGAGAUCAGAAUGAAUAAAUUCACAUUCUAAUGUCACCUUGAACAGAAAAUUUAUAGAAAGGAAGAAACAGCUUUGGAAAGUAGAGGUCAUCAACUCUAAAUCUGACUAAAUCUUUCUUCUGCUUAUUGUUCAUACCUUUGCAGUAUAUGUCAUUCAAGACAGUUUUCUUCAUUGCAUUGAUUUGUUAGUUUCAAGUAGUUCUCUGCAUGAAAUAAAGUUUCUCUCUGUAGAUAAGUAUUUAUAGAUUUAUAUUUUUGAUGUGAAAAGGGAGUACAUGGCCUGGCUUCACUCGGCAGCUGGGCUGGAAGGAACUAUCACUUAAAUCUUGCAUAUCAGGAAAGGUGACUUAUUUAAAGGAAUUGAAGAAGGGGACUGAGAUUCUCCUUUUAUUCCUACAAUGAUACAAAAAAAAUUUUUCUGCUAUCCCACUGUUAGGGGAUCUCAGCUUAGUGAUCAUUUUAAAGUUUUACUGGUAGAUUACUUUAUAGGUUUAUUUAUGGUUAACUUUGAAUAUUCAGCUGGUGCUAUGGAAUACUGUAAUGUAGUGGAAUUCUUUGGUAGUAAUUGCCAUACAUACAUGUUCUGUAGAUGAUCUUGAUACAGGCAGGAAUGUGAUAUGGUUGUGAAGCGGAACUAGCAUCUCAACUUCAUUUAUGAUAUAAUAAGAGAAUUGAAAAUCUAGGAAGUAAGUAAAGAGGUUUUUAUGUUUAUUUUUUUAUCAAGAUAUUCUCUAAUUAAUUAAAAUUUUCACAAAUACUGUAUGAGAAGAUAUAUGAAAUGCCAGCUAUUUUAAGGAAGAUUGGAUAUGUGAGGUGCAGUCAGGAGCUAUUGGGAAUAUUAUAUGAGUUUCUUUGUGGCUGAGGAUUUGUUGUAUAGGAAUCUUAUUUUUCUAUGUUUGUGUGUGGAAAACAUAAGUUGCAUAUGGAUGAGAUAAAAGAACUUAAGUUUGCAAGCUAUUUUUUGCUAUAUGGAUAUGGAGUAUGUAAUACUGAGAGAGACUUCCCUCCUUUAUACUUAUAUUUUUUUUUUUUUUUUUUCUUUGAGACAAGUCCACCCAAUGUAUUUGUUAUGGAGAAUUGAUGUAUUGUACUAAGGAUAAGUAGGGAAAAUUAUUUUUAUAUGGUAAAGUAAUGAAGUUGAGUUUGAAUUUGGAGUGACGUACAGUACACCUGAGGCUGCUUUUACACAAUGUGAAUCAAUUUUAUUUAAUUUAUGAAGGAUCUUCCCAAUUCAUGUCUUGAUUCAUCACACGCUUUCAAUGUAACUGUUUACACCAAGUGAAUCAAGUCUUUCCAAAGCAUACCGAUUCAUGGCGAUUCAGUCAAUGAUUUGCAUGGGGAUAUUUUUUCAUAAUCCUGAUGAAUCUGCCAAGGACAAGCAUCAUGUGUUUGGAUGACCUCAUCAAUUUAGUGUCAGAGAGACAUCUUACUUAUGAUCCUUGUGAUCAUAUGAUUCUUGGGAAUAGAGAGGAAGGAAAGGAAGGGGGACUGACUGGGUGGUAUUGCUUGAACAGGUGCUUGUAUUUGAAUUGGACAAAAUUUGAAUUGGGAGUUGUCUGAAUUGAAAGCCUUUUGAAUCAUGAGUUAUGACUGUACUACCCUCUGAAUGUUAACAGAAAAAGCUUUUUAUGCUGUAUUCCAGUCAGAUUGUGUCAUUAUGUGAGGCAGCUGCAGAGCACAUCAAGAAUUUCCAUUUCAAGGUAAACAAGUACUUCAGGGAGGUGGUGAGGAUGUAUUGUGUGUCAUAGUGAAAACUGAACAGAUUCAUAGAUGAAUAGAUUGAUUGUUGAGGUGAAUUUGUAUUAUUAUGAAUAUUGUAUUGUAUUUGUUUCUCAUUCAAGGAAUAUAUAUUCAUGUCAAUAAUUUACAGGUAGUAUAAUAUAAGUGUUUAUAAACUUUAUUCUUGUUUAUUUUCAUUAAACAUUCAUUAAAAUAUGAGAAGCCACAUGUGAUUGAUGGCAACUCAGCUAAUUUUAAUUAAAUUUGAAGGAAUCUUUUUUCUAUGACCUUGUCCCUCAAAACUGUCCCUAUUGACAGUUGUAAAACAAAAAAUUUUGCAAGAAAAGUUGUUGAUGCCUCUGGGUACUCACUUUCUCAUCCAUGGUGAGAUUUAAGAUAGGGUGGCAUAGACCAUUACAUUGGCUAGUAAAUUUUUCUCUCCCUCACUGUUAUGGUAUAUUCUCCUUAACAAAUUCAGAUUAAAGCUAUGUGUACAUACCUAGUCCAUGAGUUUUUAGUUCACUGUAAUCAAUAGAUAAGCAUCCAGGCACUUGCUGCUCUCAUGACCUAGCCAAGUAUUCAUGUCACUAUCAACAUUGUGGCUUGUGUUAAGAAAAAGACGAUACACAUUUUUUAGAACAAUUUAUUAAUUUACUGUACAUUACAUUCACAUUGACUCCAUUAAACACUGAUAAUAGAGCAACUGAUUGCAUGAUUCUGUCGGCAUACAAUUGUGGAAAUUCUUGAGCAACAUUGUGUGGGCAAAAACCUACAAGUAAAGUCAGUGACAAUAUAAUUUUAGAAAUCUAAAAAUAAUGGUCACAGUGACUAUUUAAUAAUAACUGGAAAAAAAGAAAACUUUUCAUACCAAUACAUAAGCUGGGAUACAUGUAAAUCUGUAAUUCAGUGUGGCUUGCUUCACUACAGAAUUGAUGUAAAAAAAUUCAACAAUGUCGUAUAUGGUACCCAUUAUAUUCAAAAUAUACAUACAAGGAUGCUGUUUAAUGGUGAAGAAACCUCAACACAAUUACUGUUAUAUUUUUUUAAUGUUCCAGUAUUACAUGUGUAACACCCAGUGUGUGUCAGUUUGUUCACACAAUGUAAAUGAUUGAAAAUUAUGGUAACCAUGUGCAACAUUUUAUAAAAUAUCAUUAAAUAUUGAUUUCCACUUCAUGGAAAUGUACAACCCACUCUAUAGACAUGAACAUGUAAACAUGCACAUCCAAGGUGCAAAUUGGUGCUGCCACUCCUAUGUUCACCACAACAUUUGUGUGUUGGUGCCAACAUUUGACUAAGAACCAUGAAUAGCUAAGGAAAUUAAUUUUGCAUAGAAAACAAGUAUCUUACCAUCAUAGGGUUAACAUUAAUAAGAUAAUAUUAAGAAGUAUAACAUGAAAACAAUAAGGGUUCAUGUGUUAAUCUUAUCUCACAAGAAUAUCUUCCUUGGAGUUGUUUUUUAUGGCUUUAUUGACAUACAAAAUGAAGUACUGCUGCUUUAGUUUUCCCAAUGACGCAUGCAUAGACACACACACACACACACACACACACACACACACACACACACACACACACACAC